AUGCAAGACCACAGUAGUAGCAUGACUGACAAUUCUUUACAAAAGCUCUUUAAAGGUCAAACACUUAUAUCCUCAUACUUUACUAGUAUGUCCAAAGAGGUUACACAGGUUUCAGUCCAAUCAGACUCCAAUCAGACACAAAUUGAAGCUCAAAUUCAACCAAAAGAAACUGCAGAAGUCGAACAAACAUCAGAGCAACCUUCACAACAAACUACAGAAGCUCAAGUUGUUUCAGUCCAAUCAGACUCAAAUCAGACACCAAACAUACGCAAAGUUCAACUAAAAACUUACACUCCUACAGAACCAGAAGGUGUCUUCUCAUUCUCAACAACAGAAGCAAGAUAUAGAAGACUCAUUGCAGCUUAUCCAAACAAUUUGUCCUUAACAGACAACAAUGACUAUGAUAGAUAUUUCAAAAGUAUAAUAAAACCAGUCGAAACAUUAGAAAACAAAGUUCAAAACCCGACAGUAAUGGUUGACUUUUUCUUGUCGAAUUUGCCUUAUGUUUCAACUAUGAUAUCUCUUCAAGCAAUUGACGAGUUCAUUAUUUGCUGUGAACCAAACUUAAGAGAACAGCUAUAUGAAACACUCAACGACUUUCGUCCUUAUCCUUUAACUUACAAUUGGAAAGAAGAUGAAAACAAACGCGGUUCUUUCUCCUGGAAUCUUUCCAUUGUUGCUCCAGCUGGUGUAGCUGCACAUCCAUUCGAAAUAUAUCCAAAAUUGCAUUACGAAAACAAUAUGCAUAUUAUAACAACAGCCGCUUUAGAUAUUCCUGAACGGAUACCAGAUGGAGAAGAAGUUUCAAUAAUAUCUGUUCAAGCAAACCGAGUUGCAAUGCCACUUACAGUAUGCAAAUUCACUCACUCAAGCAGACAAUUCUAUCAAAAUCUUGAGUUCGUUUUUACUGGCACAGCCAAAAUGCUUCUCAAAAAACCAGAACAAACCAAAAUAACCAUCGAGAGAGGGUCAAAGUUGCUAUUUGUCACUUUUCCACAAGAAUCUAAUGGGGAAAAAGUUAUCAUAUAG